AUGACCCACCAAACCCAUGCCUACCAUAUAGUAAACCCCAGCCCUUGACCAUUAACAGGGGCUCUUUCAGCCCUCCUUAUAACGUCUGGCCUAAUCAUAUGAUUCCACUUUAACUCAAUAUAUUUACUCCUACUAGGUCUCACAACCAAUACCCUGACUAUGUAUCAAUGAUGACGAGAUAUUAUCCGAGAAAGCACAUUCCAAGGCCACCACACACCAAUUGUCCAAAAGGGCCUACGAUAUGGCAUAAUCCUCUUUAUUGUGUCAGAAGUAUUCUUUUUCGCAGGUUUUUUCUGAGCCUUUUACCACUCCAGCCUAGCACCUACCCCUGAACUAGGAGGAUGUUGACCACCCACAGGCAUCAUCCCUCUAAAUCCCAUAGAAGUUCCCCUACUAAACACUUCCGUACUUCUAGCCUCGGGAGUAUCAAUCACCUGGGCCCACCAUAGUUUAAUAGAAGGAAACCGCAAACACAUGCUCCAAGCACUGUUCAUUACCAUCUCUCUAGGCAUCUACUUCACACUCCUACAAGCCUCAGAGUACUACGAAACCCCCUUUACAAUCUCCGACGGAGUAUACGGCUCUACUUUCUUUAUAGCAACAGGAUUUCAUGGACUACAUGUAAUUAUUGGCUCCACCUUCCUAAUUGUAUGCUUCAUACGACAAUUAAAGUUUCACUUCACAUCUAACCACCACUUUGGAUUUGAAGCUGCCGCUUGAUACUGACACUUCGUAGACGUAGUGUGACUAUUCCUAUACGUAUCUAUCUAUUGAUGAGGAUCCU